GGGGCGGCAGUGCGCCCUUUGUCUCGGUCACGUAGCUGUUUACGGAAACAUUUUCACGUCCGCACGUGCGCCAGUUUGUCACUUCUGCACGGUACGUGAGGGUUCGCGUGCCCUCGGCUCGAAGGAAGGGGCAGGCUGUGCUCGGUUUUUCUCCCGAAAUAUAAACGAGUUCAAACUUAAUGCGUGUCGAGCGAUGAGGACUGUGCUCUGCAGCCAUCGUGGAGAAGUAGGAGGUGGUCCGGGCUUCAUUUUGCCCGUCUGACCUCGCGCGAACUGUGCAGAAGUUGUCGUGAGCUAAAAAGGCCCAGCUGGGGGUUUUUGUGUGUCACACCUUUGAACACGGAGCGGAUUUGUGACGCGAGGAAAGAUGAUUUUUAGGAACAUUCACUCAGGGACCUGCAGAGCAUGGCUGUCCCGGGUUUCCCUGAGGCAGGAGCUGUGUUUCUUCUCCUCGGUGCCCCCACAGCCGGUGCCUCCUCUGGCCCAAACCCUACAGGGCUACUUGCGGGCGCUGGAGCCCCUGCUGCCCCUCGAGGAGCUGAGCCACACCCGUAGGAUAGUGCACGAUUUCGGCCGGCCGGGCGGGCUUGGUACACAGCUGCAGGAGGGUCUGGAGAAGAGAGCCAGACUCAACAAGAACUGGGUGUGUAGCAGAGUAGCGGAAGGGGAAAGAAUCAAUGAAAAAUCAAUUGGUGACUCCCACACGAGCCCCUCAGAAUCAGUUAAUUAGAAUAACUUAUUCAAAAAUGCCCUGAUUAUUUGAUUAUUAUUUCUUGACCACUUGUAGACAAAACAUUAAUUUGGUGAUGUUUUGAUGGUUUGGACGUUUUCUCUCAAUAAAUAGAGAAAAAAACUCAGUAAAUUAAUAAUGGUUGAGGAAAAACAGCUUCUGUGCAAGCCUAAAUGUGUGAUCUGAUGGUUUAUAAGCUGGGUAACUGUUUUCAGAAAUUAACUUAUUAGACCAAGCAGCAUUUUUCCAGUCUUCUGUUGCCCAAUGUCAGUGAGGCCAUGUGAAUCACCAUUUUCCCCUCGGUGUAUACCUACACUACCUUGCAAAACAGUGUUUCAAAAUAGUUUUUUUUCCCCUAUCGAUUAAAAACAAUCACUAAAAUAAGCAUUACUUUAUGAUAUUGUAUGUAUUUAGCUCUUGUUCUGCAUUAAACAAACUUA